AUGUCCAAACCCCAGAAGCCCGUCAGGCAGGACUACAUCGCCAAGGCAAGGUACAUAAACAACUUACCGCCACCGCCGCUCAACCCAAAGUUCCUCAAGUACAACCUUACUGAACAUGUUCUGGCCGAAAAGGAAAGUGAGCAGCUCUUGAGUUCUCUCUUUAGAAAAGAGAAUUUCACACAGUUUAUUGGCCAGGUUGACGAGGAAUACGGCAUGCCGCUUAAUCUUCUUCACAACGAAGGGUUUUUGGAUGGUUCGAACGAGACAGCCAUCUUUGGCCUGAACUCGUCUGUGCCAUUGCAUCCCAAGGACAGGAUUCUUUUGAGAGACGCUGGUAUUGGUCGUGUGAACAAGUCGGAGCCUGGAGUUUCUUUCUUGAGAAGAACUGAAUAUAUUGCUGAAAACAAGGCCGCCAAUAAGGCCGAAGAGAAUGCUGUGGAAACCAAGAAGGAACAAAAGGAGCUCGUGGAUCCAGAUUCUCAGCUCACGGCAGUGGAAGAAAGCUUCGAUCAUGCUCAAGAUACGUUGCUGGAUCUUUCCAAGAUCAAGCAUCCAAGAAGAAAGAACUUGCGUGCGGUUUCGGCCUGGCCGCUUCUACCAGACACUUCGAUGAUGGACACGAAAUACUUGAGUAUCAAGUUUUCUGGCUCAGCUUCGCUCUUUAGGGAGUUGCAGAGCACCAAGAGGUUACAAAAGGAUGCUUACGAUGAGCAGCUACAGCAAGACUCUUUAACUACUGCCAUUUACAAGCCUAUAACGUCAGAAGAUGGAGAAUGGGUCAGUUUCUACCAGGCCAAGGAUAAAAAGGCGUUGGCCUCGUUGAAGGAUAAAUUACAGUCUACCGAUAGAGAACAGCCGCUGAACUUGCUAGAUGAGGAAGAGCAGGAUUUGGAAUCAUACCUGUUUGCCCACCAUAAGAACUACGAUAUGAUUUACCAUAGAUUCAACAAGCCAGAUGAGGAGCUUGCGUUACGGUUUGUUCCUGAAGAAACCGGCUCUAAGAAGCGAAAAGCUGCCUACUACUACCCUAUCUCUGGCAGAGUGGAGCUCAAGAAGCACAGAGCAUCUACAAAUACCGAAAUCAACCGUUUCUUGCGGGACAGUACAUAUGACGUGAUUGACUUGAAGGUCAGAGAACCAAACACCAGUGAGUUGAAGAGGAUGGACAAUAUUCGUUCUGAAUACGAUCCGAUGGAGUAUGAAGGUGAAGAUGAAGAAGAUGAAGAGGAAGAGGAGGAAGCUGAUGGUGAGGCUAACGGUCAGGACGGUGAGGCCAAUGGCGAGGAUGGUGAACAACAACAGCAACAAGAACAACCAGAGGAGCUGCCAGAGAAAGAGUCAGAUAACGACGAAAGCGAAUAA